AUGCUAUUGCGCUUUUGCAACUGCUAUGAUGAGGAUGGCUAUGCUCCAGUGUCUCGCACAUUCAACGAUUUCUCUCCGUGCUUCUUGAAUGGUAUACUAGUCAAUAUAUUGGCAGUGUUCCUGAUUACAGGGGGUACCAUUGAACUCUAUAGACUACAAUCAAGAUCAAACAUUGAUACUAAAGUCCGCAGAGACUGGUUUCCUUUGAAAAUGGCUCUUAUUUGUGUCCAGAUCAUUCUUCAAUUAAUGCUCAUCUCCUAUAUCGCCAUAACUUCGUCUUAUCCAGAACGAGAGAUUACAUUUCUUGGAGAUUCCAUCUGGUUGUCUUCAGCAGCUACCGGUGUGGCUCUGUUCUUCGCCUUGGUUUUAACAUUUGUUGAGCGCUACAAAUCUUACAUUUCAUCGCCGGUUCUCAUAAUAUACUGGUUAUUUUACUGUGUUGUUGGAGGAUUCAGAAUCCUCAAUGUUAGUCUUCGUGAACGACCUCACUUCGAGGUCUUCCUUGUAGUUUCCGCUACAAUCAAUGCGCUGUUUGUAUUAUUACUGGAAACUAAUUUGUCUUCUUCUUUGGCUUUUUCUGCUGAAUCUUAUAGCAUUAGGGAUUACUCAAACAUCUUCAGCAGAUUCACUUUCUCUUGGUUAACUCCUUUGAUGCGCAAGGGAUAUCAUAAGUUUUUGAAUCUGAGUGAUCUACCUCCUUUACCGCUUGGUCUUAGAGCUGAAAACAUAUCCUUGACUUUGGGACAAAACUGGAAGAGAGAACGCCUGCUACACUCUAGAAAGCCGUCUCUUACCAUGGCCAUCGUUAGAUCUUUUGGGCUGCCUUUCUUCGUUGGUGGUCUUUUUGAGUUGGUUAAAGAUUUUAUACGAUUUGCUCAACCUCAGUUGUUGAAGAAUCUUAUAUUGUUUGUCCAACACUACAAUGAAGAUCAUUCCAUCUCUUUGGUCAAAGGUUUUAUGAUUGUCCUUUUGAUGUUUGGAUUAUCUAUCAUGGAAUCUGCCUGUCUGCACCAAUACAUCGAAAGAGUAAUGGAUAUGGGUAUCAAGAUUAAAUCUUCUUUGAACUGCUUGGUUUAUGAAAAAUCCAUAGUACUUUCCAACCAAUCUAGGCAGACGAAAGCCACUGGAGAUAUUGUUAACAUAAUGUCUGUGGAUACUCAGAGAUUGCAGCAGCUAUGCAAUAAUCUCCAGAUAAUAUGGUCCGGUCCAUUUCAGGUGAUUCUCUGUUUGGUUUCGUUAUAUAGAUUAAUGGGCAACUCGAUGUGGAUCGGUGUUAUAGUCUUAUUGGUGACAAUUCCAUUAAAUACUGCCAUCUCAAAAAGGCAGAAGAUACUACAGAGGAUUGGAAUGAAAGUCAAAGAUGAGCGAACCGGACUUGUCUCUGAAAUUUUGAACAAUAUCAAGUCCUUGAAGCUAUAUGCUUGGGAACAUCCUUAUAAAGAGAAGUUGACCUACGUUAGAAAUGACAAGGAGUUGAAAAAUCUACAAAAGUUUUGUGUGUUCCAAGCUAUAAAUCAAUUCAUUUUUGGUUUGGCACCUUCCGUCGUCAGUACAUCAACAUUUGCUCUCUUUCUUAUUAUAUAUUCUGGAGAUCCUUUAAGCACAGAUAUUGCCUUUACUGCUCUAUCGUUGUUUAAUUUGCUUCAGUUUCCACUUUCUGUUUUUCCUUGGGCCGUUAGUGAUUUUGUGGAAGCCCAAGUUUCAAUUCAAAGAGUAACCGAAUUCUUACUAAUUGAUGAGCUUGACCCAAACUCUGUCACACAUAUUGAAGAGGCCGAUAAGGGAUAUCCGGUUUCUAUCAUUGAUGCCGAUUUCGUAUGGUCUAGGGAACCUAGGCUAGUCGCUUUAACCGGUAUUAACUAUGUUGCAAGAAGCUCUUCUCUCAACUGCGUGGUGGGAAGAGUUGGUUCUGGAAAAUCCGCAAUGCUACAUGCAUUAUUGGGGGAUCUUUACAAAGAAAGAGGUAAUGUCAUCGUCAAAGGUGCAGUGGCAUAUGUUCCUCAGGUUGCGUGGAUUAUGAACGGAACUGUAAAGGAGAAUAUUCUUUUCGGAUUCAAAGAGGACACAAAGUUUUAUAACCAGACGAUUGCAGCAUGUGCUUUAAAUCAGGAUUUGAAGAUGUUUCCCGACGGCGAUAUGACUCAAGUCGGGGAGAAAGGUAUAAGUUUAUCCGGUGGACAAAAAGCUCGAUUAUCGCUAGCAAGAUCUGUCUAUGCAAGGGCCGACCUUUAUAUCAUGGAUGAUAUAUUGAGUGCUGUUGACGAGCAUGUUGGUAAGCAUAUUAUUGAAGAGGUGUUAGGCCCCCAUGGCCUUCUAAGAAACCGUUGUCGUAUAUUGUCUACUAAUAAUUUGCACAUUCUCAAGUUUGCAGAUCAGAUUACCAUGCUUUCUAGAGGUCAUGUCAUAGAAGAAGGAAGUUAUAGAGAGCUCCUAGCUGACAAAAAAAGAACGCAUCUAUCUUCAUUGCUUGAAGAGUUUGGAACCAAAAGAGACAACAAUUCUGAUUGUUCGAGCGCACCAAGGGUUUCUUCAUCUGAUGAAUCAACCUCUUCCGCUUCUCUUUCUUCAAGAGUUUCAUUGUCCAUUGAAGGUUCCUCUGCUCAGCUUGAAGAUUAUAGGGAAGUAGUUCUAAGAGAAGAACGAAUGCAGUCUGCUGCCGGAAGAUCAGAAAAGCGUCUGCAGGGUAGUGUCAAAUGGGAAGUUUAUUUUUCCUAUAUGAGGGCUUGUGGUACACGAAAUGUUAUGGUUUUCCUGUCGUGUAUCAUUCUCUCUCUGGGAUUUAUGGUGCUAUCCAAUAUUUGGUUGAAACACUGGUCUGAGUUGAAUAGUCGUGAAGGUUAUAACCCGAACCCCUGGGAAAACCUUGGAAUCUAUUUUUUGCUUUGCUUUGCUUCAGCAUGUUUUACCCUCUGCCAAACGCUAGUGCAGUGGCUCUUUUGCUCGAUUUCUGGAUCCAGAACUAUGCAUCAGAAUAUGGUUGAUAGUGUGCUUCGGACUCCAAUGGAGUUCUUUGAGACUACCCCUAUUGGACGGAUUUUGAAUAGAUUCUCCAACGACAUAUUCAAGAUUGACGAAACAUUGUUUCGUGUGUUUGCAAACUUCUUUGGAUCUCUGGUGGAAGUCAGUUUUACUCUAUUGGUUAUCAUCGUAUCCACUUGGCAGUUUUUCUUCUUUAUGAUUCCUCUCGGCUUUAUUUACAAGUACUACCAAAACUACUAUUUGGCUAGUUCUCGGGAGCUAAGACGGUUGGAUUCCAUCACCAGAUCGCCGAUCUUUUCCCACUUCCAGGAGACUUUAAAUGGUGUUGAGACUAUAAGAGCGUAUGGUCAGGUGAACAGAUUCAUCUUUUUGAACCGUCACAAUAUUAAUGUCAAUAUGAGUGCUUACCAUCCUGCUAUGAUGGCCAAUAGAUGGCUUGGAGUGAGAUUGGAAUUUAUCGGAUCCAUGAUUAUAUUGGGGUCAUCUGGAUUAUUAAUCUGCACCUUAAAAUCUGGCCAUGUGACUCCCGGUCUUGUCGGUUUGUCCGUUUCUUAUGCUUUGCAAAUCACCCAGUCACUCAACAGAAUGGUAAGAAUGAGUUCAAGAAUUGAAUCCGAUAUUGUCUCUAUUGAAAGGGUCGAGGAAUACUCACAUUUACCCUCUGAAGCUCCAGAAGUGAUUUUGCAAAAUACGCCACCUUUGAAAUGGCCAACUCAAGGAUGCAUUGAAUUUAUUGAUUACUCUACGAGAUACAGGCAUGACUUGGAUUUGGUUUUGAAGAACAUCAAUUUGUCGAUCAGACCAAGGGAGAAAGUGGGUAUUGUAGGAAGAACAGGUGCAGGUAAGUCAUCUUUAACUCUUGCUCUAUUUCGUAUUAUUGAGGCCGCUGAGGGCCACAUCGAUAUUGAUGCGAUUGAUACCAGUGGUAUUGGACUACUUGACUUGAGACCCAGACUCUCCAUUAUUCCCCAAGAUGCGCAGAUCUUUCAAGGCACUAUCCGAUCGAAUCUAGAUCCAACCAAUCAAUUUGAAGAUGAAGAUUUGUGGUCGGCUUUGAAGCUAUCGCAUCUUGACACUUUUGUCAACGAAAUGUACCAGGCUUCCUCGGACAAGUCCGGAAUAAACUACAACCCUCUAUUAAUUGAAUUAUCCGAAGGUGGCUCGAAUCUAUCGGUGGGUCAGAGACAGUUGAUGUGUUUGGCAAGAGCUCUCUGCAAAAAGGACUGCAAGAUUCUUGUGUUGGACGAAGCUACAGCCAACGUGGAUGUUCGUACAGAUUCGAUCAUCCAGGAAACGAUCAGAUCUGCUUUUGAAGAGAGAACUAUCUUAACCAUCGCCCAUAGAUUAAACACCGUAAUUGAUAGUGAUAGAAUCGUGGUUCUAGAAAAUGGCAAAGUUGCCGAGUUCGACACUCCAGAAAAUCUACUCAAGAACCAUGACUCUUUAUUCUUUUCUCUAUGUAGUGAAGGAGGACUAAUUAAGUAA